AUGGGGGCGGUCGGGAAGAAGCGCUCGGCGGAGCGCGUGGAGGAGGCCACGGAGAGCUUCCGUAAGGUCCUGGAUAGUCUCACGAACGAGGCGUCGGCGAGGGGAAAGCGGCUCAGUCAUUGGGCUCGACAACCGAGGCCGAGGCCGAUAUACGAGAUCUGCGACCUCUUCUGCGCCGAGCGCACUGCUACGCCGAAGAAGAAGCCUCAGGCGCACGUGAGGCCGCCGCCCAUGGCCCCGUCGCUCUUCUACGCGCCCAAGAGUUCUGCAUACGCGGAUGGGUCCGGAGACCCGCACCCAUUCAUCUCCAGGUGGCAGGAGAGAGCCGCGAGGAGGAAGGUUGAGAGGAUCGUGGCCAAGGCGCGACGAAGCACGGGAGGUGCGGUGCGCGAGCACGAGGAGCACAGCGAGCCGUACAGAGAGUUCCCGCGGCAGCAGAUGGCGUUCGAGUGGGGAGAUGCGUGGGAGGAGAAGAACCGCGCGGUGACGAGGCGACUCGCCGAGGGAGAAGAUGGCGACAAGGACAAGGACGAACACCACACCACCGCGAUGAGAUUCUUCUCGGCGGAGGAUCACUCGACUGGGAGACGCAAAUUCAUCGCGUCGACGUACGAAGAGUUCUGGCGCAGGUACAGCGCCCCGGAGCUGUUCGGCAAGAGGCAUCACUACGAGCUAAUACGCGAGGCGAGACCGUGCCAUCUCUACUUCGACCUGGAGUACGCGCUGGGCGCCAACGCGGACGUCAACGGAACAGCCGCGACGGAUGCGCUCGUCGAACUCGUCCUCGAAGACCUGGCCACGCGCGAGGGGGUCGUGGGCGCGGACGGCGCGCCGCUUCGACCUGCCCAGUGCGUGAUGGAGCUACAGUCGACGAGUGCGACCAAGUUCUCUCGGCAUCUCGUGUUCAGGACGCCGGGUGUCGCGUUCGCCAACGCGGCGCACGCGGGUCAUUUCGUUCGUAGGCUCUUCGACAGGAUACUGAAGGACAGGGAAACCGACCCGCGGUGCGAGGCGUGCUUCGUGCGCAAAGAGGACGAUGACGGUGUAAAGGGCGCCAGCGAGCGCGACAUUCCAUUCGUGGAUCUCGGUGUUUACACGCGCAACCGAGCGUUUCGGCUGUACUUGUCGUCCAAGAGCGGGAAGAACGUUCGGCUGCUGCCCACGCACCGCCUGUGGCGCCCACCGGGCGUCACCGUUCCGGCGACGAUGGCUGACGAGACCAUGUUCUACUCAUCUCUGGUAUGUAACGUGGAGCGGGGAGCCAGACUUAUAUCUUAUGAGGGCGUCGGGCAGCAGAGCUCCUACAUCGGUGGCAGGCAACUGCAGGGCUAUGGCGUGAUAACAGCAGAGCAAGCCAAUGUUAACCGCGGCGAUUGUCCUCGUGGUAUAACAGAUGGUGUAAUGCCCUGCCCUGAGACGGCCGCGUUUGUAUGCCGUGAUUUCGACGAAUGGUCACCCGCGGGCUGCUCUGGCGCCGAGGUUCGAACGUGGUGCGCGUUUCCCGAUCACGGGGUUGUGGUGAUGAACAUGCAGAAGAACAGGUUCUGCGAGAACGUUGAACGACCGCACAAAAGCAACAACGUCAUGUUUGUGGUGGACUUCCGCGAGGGGGCAUAUUACCAGCGAUGCCACGAUCCGGAGUGUCGCGGUCAUAGAGGAUGUCUCCGACCUCUUCCCUCGGAGUUGGCUCGCGAGGCUGUCGCGCUCGCAUCGUUCAUUACGGAGGAACCGAAGGCUGAGUGGACACCGCCGAGCUUUGAUGAUGAUGACGACGAUGAGGAGUUGUUUUGGUCUGUCGCGGCAGAGGAGGACGGGCCGGCCAAGAACGACAUCGCGUGGAAACCGCCUACAUUUAAGGACGAUGAAGCCGACGCGACGUUCUGGGCUGAGGCAGCGGCGUUGGCCAGUUAG